AGGUGAUUUUAUUUUAAGCAAGUUGGAAAGAAUUUAUUGACUCUGGUUGUGUGUAUUAUCCAAAAUUCAUUCAAUUCUUCAUUAUCAUAAGUCCAAAUUUCAAAGCUAUCCAUCUCCAGAAAAAAAAUUGCUGUAUUUUUGACAAAUUUAUUAUCACAAAGAAUAUUAGAAAAAUCAACAGAAGUCACCUACUUUCUAGAGAGAGAAGAAAAAUCAAAGCAAAAAAAAAAAAAAAAGAAGAAGAAGAAGAUACCUUGAUAAUAUUCCUGCUGUGAUAUUAAUUUCAUUUUGAUCCAUUGGUCUUUGGAGCUUCAAGUUUUUUUUUUUUUUGAAUCUGUAUACUUGUUUUUCCCACGGCUAGAUUGUGAGAUUAAGUUCAGUUAGAUCUUUCUGAAGCUGUUUGAUUGUAAUAUAGCAGUUAGGUUUUGUGUAAUUUUUGGGGGUAGAAGUGACUUUUGGUAGUUGGACAGAUGAAUGUUGUAGGUAAAGUUAGUAGCUUUAUAACACAGGGUGUAUACUCAGUUGCCACCCCAUUUCACCCUUUUGGUGGAGCAGUUGAUAUAAUUGUUGUAAAGCAGCAUGAUGGGACUUUUAGGAGUACUCCUUGGUAUGUUCGAUUUGGUAAGUUUCAAGGUGUUCUUAAGGGGGCAGAAAAGGUAGUUAGAAUAGAAGUUAAUGGCAACGAAGCCGAUUUUCACAUGUAUCUUGAUAAUUCCGGCGAAGCAUAUUUUAUCAAAGAGGCUACUGCUGAGAACGAGAAUGAGGAAAAUGGCGGCUUGAAGGAGUCCGAUAAUCUGAAAAGUGAAGGGCAUACCAGUAAUCUUGGUAACGGUAACCAUAAAGAAAGUAGAAAAGAUGAUAAAAAUGAGGAGGAUGAGUAUAACGCUGCUGAUUUGCCGUUACGGGAUGAACGUGUGACAUUAGGUCUGGAUCGUUUAAACAGGGCAGAUUCGGAUGCUGACCGAAGAUUCUAUGAGUUUGAUGAGCAAUCUUCUCUGGAUGAUUCGGUUGAUUUAUCUGAAUACGGUUCCAGUAGAUAUGAUAAUUUGGAAAGUAUGGAACAUGUUUUAGAAUCACAAGACUCCAGUUCUGAAGUUGUUCUAGUGAGCGUGGAUGGCCAUAUACUGACAGCACCUAUCUCAAAAUCCGAAAGGAAUACAGAAGAUGUCGAAUUAGACACACCUCAGUUUCAUCUGGGCCCCGGUCAGGGGACUGAAUUUAAUUCAGGUGAUGGUACAUGGGCUGACGAUUAUUUCAGCGAUCUGAACGCAUCCGAAGUUUCAUCAGCAGACACUUGUAACGUGAAAAAUGAGAGCACGACAAUUGAGCACCAGUUAGAAGUUUCUGAAGUAUAUGGGAAGCAUCUUGAUCGAACUCCAGAAAAUGACCUGAAGAGCCGGGAAGCAGAUAUUUGCAUGAGUAGCACCGUGGAGAGCACAUCAUGCAGCAUUAAGAAGGAUGAUGUUUUCCAGAGCUGUCUAGAGCUAUCAGCAUUAGCCAUCCAGGCUGAAGAUGAGGUUAAUAAGUCAGAUACGGUUUCUCAGCUGGAGAGAGUUGUUGAAGAUGUAAAGGAGAAGUCUCAUGAAAAUGGCACUCAUGAUUCUGAUCUUUCAUGCAGUUCUCUGUCACGAGAUUUACAGCUUGAAGGUGUAAACCUUCAGAAAGGUGACUUGGAGUUGGAGCAUAAUGCUUCAGACAGUGCAAGAGAUGAUCUUUUUGCGAAUGAUGAACACUCAAAGGAACAGACUGAUGUAACAGUAGAAGUAGAUCAGGUACAAAGUGGCCAGCAAGGAUCAGACGAAAGCACUGAAUGUGAUACUUUGGAGCAUCAGACUGCUGCUUUGCUUAAAGUGAUAUCUGCAGGAGUAGAGAUAUCUCUUUGUAGGAACUUGCUUCAUACUGGAAUGGGUUCCGUUGCUGCUAGAGAAGCCUUCGAGGCAAAUCGCAUUUCCGAGGAGGAAUUCAGAAACUCUGCGAAAUCCAUAAUUAAUAAUCCAAAUUUAGCCGUCCGAAUUCAAGGAAACUAUUUACAGUGGGACAAAGCUGCUCCUAUCGUUCUCGGGAUGGCUGCAUAUAAUAUGGAAUUACCAGUUGACUCUACUGAUGUCAUACCCGUGGAGGAGCAGGACAAGAACGUAAAAACAGGAGAGGAUGAUAGUGGGUUGCCUUCAACUCCUUCCGGUCGACGAUGGAGGCUUUGGCCAAUGCCAUUUAGAAGAGUUAAGACGAUCGAGCACACUAGCAGUAAUAUGUCAAACGAAGAGGUGUUUGUUGAUUCUGAGUCAAUCUCACUGAACCAGCCGCCUACGGAACAAACAGCAACACCACAAGGAGGAAAGGAAUCUCCUCGCAAGAAACUUGUGAGAACGAAUGUCCCUACUACUGGUCAAAUCGAAUCUUUAAAACUGAAGGAGGGGCAGAAUUUGGUGACUUUCAUUUUCUCCACUCGAGUCCUAGGGGAGCAAAAGGUCGAAGCCCAUAUAUAUUUGUGGAAGUGGAAUACUCGGAUUGUAAUUUCUGAUGUUGAUGGGACUAUUACCAAGUCUGAUGUUCUUGGUCAGUUCAUGCCGUUGGUCGGAAAGGACUGGACCCACUCUGGAAUCGCUAGACUUUUCUGUGCAAUCAAGGAAAAUGGGUACCAGCUACUCUUUCUCAGUGCACGAGCAAUUGUUCAAGCUUAUCUGACCAAAAGUUUUCUGUUCAAUCUCAAGCAGGAUGGGAAAUCUUUACCACCUGGACCUGUUGUUAUUUCACCUGAUGGUUUAUUUCCCUCAUUAUACAGAGAAGUUAUAAGAAGAGCUCCUCAUGAAUUCAAGAUUGCCUGCUUAGAGGACAUCAAAGCACUUUUCCCACCGGAUUACAACCCUUUUUAUGCGGGCUUCGGGAAUAGGGACACCGACGAGCUCAGUUACAGGAAAAUUGGAAUUCCAAAAGGCAAAAUUUUUAUUAUAAAUCCAAAGGGGGAGGUAGCGAUUAACCACCAAAUCGACGUGAAAUCCUAUACUUCAUUACACACUUUAGUUAAUGACAUGUUCCCUCCUACAUCCAUGGUUGAGCAGGAAGAUUUUAACUUGUGGAACUAUUGGAAAAUGCCCUUGGCCGACAUCGAUAACUUGUAGAGAUUUCUGCCCCCAUACCGAUGGAUCUUUUUUGUUGAUCUGGGAAGCCGAGAAGUUUAGCCAGUAUAUGUAUAACCACCUGCAGUUUCUUGGGAUUUUUUCCCCCCUACCGAGGGAUCUUUUUUGUUGAUCUGGAAAGCCAACAACAUGUUUAGCAGCCGGUAUAUGUAUAACAACCUGCAGUUUCCUUAGAAGGAGAGCUGCCAUUCUUGUUUUUUGUCUCUAUUAUUAAGGUGUAUAGAAUUCAGUUCUGUAGUCCUAAACUCCUAAUUAAUUCAUAUUGUACUCGGAGCAUAAAGUUCUUACUGAAUAAAAAUUUUCUAUUCUAUUUCUCUAA